UAAACAUUGAACCGUGAUAACGCGCAAAAUGUAUUUGUGGGCGGCACACAAACACCGCCACGCCACCGCCACGGAAUUCAACACACGCACACAGCUUCUUCCUUAAUCCUGCCACUAUCUGCCUAUUGUCGACUCUUAUCCAUCAUAUCAGUCAAUCUUUCUUCUAGCCUAUUUCCUACACCUUCCAUUAUUACACCUAUAUAUAUAUAGCCCAUAAUAUAUCCAAUCCCCAUAACAUUGGAUCAUACAAUAAAUAUCUAGCUCUUUAUACAUUUUAUCAAAACAAAACAUUUUGUAUUUUUCGUACACUACUUUUUUAACGUACAAUAUGAGUUUUGGCAAGUUAUUUAGAAAUGUCACAAAAACCCCAAUUACUACUAGUCCAUCAUGUUCAACUUCAACAAGUGAUGACAUUUAUCAAGUGUUUAAUUACUUUGAUGAAAACGGAGAUGGGAAGAUAACGGCGUCAGAGUUCCAAAACAAGAUAAGGAAGGUGGGAGGAGAAGAACAUCAGUUGUCGGACGAGGAAGCGGAGAUGGUCGUGAGGUCGUCGGAUGCGGAUGGAGACGGAGUGUUGGGUUUGGAUGAUUUUGCGAAAAUGAUGAAGGAAGGGGAAGUCGAAGAGUUGAAAGAGGCGUUUGUUAUGUAUUCGGGUAGUAAAGGGUGUAGUAGUGUGAUUACGCCUAAAAGUUUGAAAAAAAUGUUGAAGCGAUUGGGGCAAUCGACUAGUGUGAAAGAUUGUAAGACGAUGAUCGGAAGAUUUGAUGUCAAUGGUGAUGGUGUGUUGGAUUUUGAUGAGUUUCGAGUUAUGAUGAGCUAGGAUCAGAAGAUACCAGGAUCAGAACAUACCUGUCUUUUGUUCUGAUCCUAGCUCAACUUUUUUUAUAUAUUUCAAUUUGAUUAUGUAGAGAAAGAGAUUUUUUUUUAAUUGAUGAUUGUAUGCACACUUGUAAAUAAUAAGUUGUAUUUGGAAUUGAAUUGUCAUGUAAAUAAUAAGUUGCAAACAA